UCGUCACUCAACUGUAUUUCCUCGCCCCACACCGUGGGCCAACUAACAUGCUGGUCUAAUCCACUCAACGUCCAAAACUACUCACCCCGUUUCGAGAGGAUAACGAUGGCGGUGGUGAUGAUUCAACUCGUAUUCAUCAAUCUUUAUCACUGUUACGUCUUCGCCCGUCGGCCACACAACGGUCCUGUUUCAACGACCGACCUACCCGGUUGCGAUAAAAAUCCCAUUCAAUGUUAAAAGCGUACACCGAGAACGCAUCAGUAAAACCCCACACCCCAACCGCGCUCAAAUCUUACCAUUCUUAGCACACGCAUUCAACAAGUGGGAAGUCCGCAAGGAUGCGGAUGGAGUCCUCCGGGCCCACGCUUCGCUACCGUCGGCUUGCUGUCGCUCUUCAAAAGAAAAGAAGAUGAGUAAACACAAUUUUCUCUCCCUAGAGUGGAAACGAGUUUCCGGCGAAACGGGACAGCCCUUUGGAUUCGACCGUUUUUGCUCUUGAAUCUCGGUGCUUUGGUUGCAUUUGAAAUCGUAGCACUCUGACAAUUUCUUGGAGGAAUCACGGGUGCUUGCCACUAAGAGAUCCUAGUAUGUUUCUCUACUCGUUGCCUUUGUAGACAUUCAUACACCAUCAAGGCACUUUCUGAUUUUCCCUUUUUCCGGACCUGGUUCUACUCUUGCUUUUGCCGCCCAGACCGCCCACCGUGCGUGGGGUGGGUGUCUGUUACAGGGACUUUUGCAACCCUCAUUUCCGUUUGUUCUGAAUCGUUCGGCAGCAUGCGCAGGCAGUGUAUGCGGGACGGAAUGAUGGCAUUGACAAUUGGCUAAAUUAAGCAUUUUGAUAGCGCCAUUCUUUUCUACUCACGACUUUAGCGGCACGUUUACUUCCGACGACGCUUUAAUGCAGCACGUGAACAAUUUUUGGAUCGAUACGUCACGUUUUGGCGCAGAUCACGAACACCUGAACUUUGCACCGAAAGGAAGGAAUGGAAGGCGUUUAACUUUCGUAUCCUCGAACAUGAACUCUUAACCUAGAGGGCAGGUGCAUAACCUUGCGCUCCGUUUUCAGCUCUUGCUGAUUGACAAGACACCACCGCACCUCUCGUUCCAUCGUAGCAGGCCCACUUCUUAGUCCGAUUUGCAUUGAAAACUAUCGAUAGAUCUUUAAUAACGCACAAAGUAGCCACCGCUCUCGGGUAGGAUUAAAGCAUUCAAGUGGAGUUAAACUCGUUGACACUCUUGCGUAGUGGUACGAAUCCAGUGGAACUAUCUGGAAACUGAAAUCCGAAUGGAAGCGGUAUCACACCAUGAGGCGUACAUACGCUGCUCGUGGACUUUCCGGUUUGUUUGCCUGGCGCUCCCGUUAAUCAUCCAUCUGCAGGCAACGAGCCCGCUAGACUACGUGCACGGGAAGGCAAGUUCCGUUGCCAUGGAGCCCGAUGUUGCUUCCGCCAUAUUCGUCAUCAGCGCCAGCCUAGCGAUAAACCGCGUCCUCGCAAAGGCCAUACCUUUCUACACGGGCGAACAGCAGCGGGGCGAGGAAGAAGAUGCGGAACGGACGAGAAAGCCAACAUUAAAGGUUGAAACCAUGAUGAUUUGUCUGAUAAUGGUGCUUGGUAAUAUAGUGUUUUGUGACUUUGCACUGCGCUUAGUGUGGAUCCCGGUACAGUACCUGUUGUGGUGGAUCUGCAAGCACAAACUUUUGACACUGGUGGUGAAGACAGUUUUAUUUUUUGUUAAAGAUUUUACAGCCUUUCGCCCGUACUAUUUGAAGGCGUUGGCUAAUUCGAGCUCUAGAAGAGGAUUCCAGUUUUUACGCCUUGUGACGGCGCUGAAAAUCCUUCACUCGGUUGUGGCACGGCUAGAAGAAUAUCCGAAGCAGAUCGCACUCCGCGACAGAAGUUAUCCUCCAGCCCCAUCAGUCGUUGCCGAACCGGAAGGCACGGAGCAGGCAAAUGUUUCUGAAAAAGUAACUAGCAAACCACCCCCGACGUCCUAAAUGACUUCCCUGAAGUCGCUCAUUCUUGCGCUGGCGGUUCAUUUGGGGUACAAAAUUCCAGUGUUCGUAUGGUGCAAGCCGCCGUGGACGUGCAAGUCGACCUACUGCCGAGUGCGGAGACUUUUAAUCGUAUCUUCGAGCAUCAUAUGGCUUUCGAAGCUGACGAUCUUUUCGGCCAAAUAUCGGCGUCAACUUCCGUCGUACGUCCAGGUUGUAGUCGAAACCUUGCUAAACUUGGCCAUUAUAGAAGGCGCUCAAGUGCUGGUCUGGUGCGCUCUGGAGCAUCACAUCUCGAAAGCUAUAUCGGCCCUGCAAACUGCCAACAUCUAUCAGGAUGCGGGUGGAGACAUCCUGAUGGAGGUGCUGCUCACCGUCCUAGCUUUCGCGACCGCGUUCUUUAGCACCACCGGGACGGGUUAUUGGACGCAAACGGUGCGCUGGACGGGUCGGAAGUGGAGUGCUUUCAUGUCGACAAUGUUUGGCCCCAAACCGGAUCUCACGGGGCACUUCGACAACUCGUUAGCGCUAGGGAUGGCACAGGAGCUUAUACUAGCUCAAAAUGAAGAAGGAUCUGUUCUGCCGAAAAGAAGUAGAAAUCGAAGGACUAGAUCUGUGUCGCGAUUACGUCCAAGACGCACCAUUCGUACGAGAUCAAUGUCGAGAGUGGGCAGAUAAGGGAUUGAAUGAUGCUUUUGUUUCUAAAUAAAUAAACCGUUUCAGUUUGUUUCAGCCUAGUAUGUAUUAUAAUCGAACUUAUCCCAAAACUAAUGGUGUUUAAUGGUCCAUCGUUAUCAUAUUCUACCCACACUGAAUCUCUACCGUGCUAAAUCGCCAAACCCCGUCUACCACUGCAACCAGGCGUACCCAUUCUCCGUCCAAUCUCUUAAAUCACGUGACGAUAAAACCUUUCCAAGCCGCUUACCGGCCAGCAGUGCAUGUAUGCUUAUGCUGUGCCUUUACGAGCACACUUGACUCCGAUUUUCCGACUGCGACGACGUCGGGGUCGAAAUCCUACCUCAUUUCCACCUCAUUCAUAUGUAUGGGGCGCCCCCGUCAUGUUAACCCGCAUCACGACGAGUGGAAAGUGUUUCGGUACCUGCCGUCAGUCGGCCAUUGUGUUUCACUACCCACCUCUACCCUCCCCGUCCACUCCGAAAAGCUUAAGCAUUUAUGCUGAACUUGUUGAAAUUGAACGAACGAAUGAAGGACGAAGUCGUCGUUUCGGUUCUGCUCAUGGCACUCCGUCGUAGUAUGUGUAUUCUGCUGCUGUUGGAAGCUCUCGUGCCCUCGGUCUAGAACCACCAUUGCCCGUCUGUCUAGCGUUGCUGCGAGUCAGUGGGGAGCACGCGCUAACUUUGUAUUUGAGCCCUUUUCAGCACUCUGUAAAUAGAUAAAUCAUUCCAUUUGUACUUCAUUGUUUUUUAACCACGUUGGUGGAAUUAGAAUCGCCCAAAUCACUUAUGAGCUGGCAAUCUGAGGAUUAGUGCAUUUCAAGGAUGUAGGAGUGGACUUGUCUGGGGAGACCUAAUGAACGACGUGUUGGUUUCUUGACUGGACUUGUCUGUUUGUAAACAGAACAUUAGUUAUUGAAAUGUGAGACCGCUCCCGUAGUACAGUCGUCGUCUCGAAUGACUUUAAUAAGAUGUCCCUCAUGAGUUCAAGCCCCUGUAUAGACCGUGAGACCUGGCUGGCGGGUACUCAAUAAGUUACUGAUAGUCGUCUAGCCCAUUAGUAGUGGUACAGGCGCUAGGCCUUGAUCAAGAAGACGAACAGGUUAUCCAGAAUUAGCUCUCUUAUCAAACACAAUCUGUGUUCAUACAAGGUAGACAUUCUUAGAAAAUCCAUGUCGUAAUGCAAAUAUGUUAGUUUAUUUUGUCAUCUACCUUCCAACGUGUGCAAAUAUUAUGAAAAAUAUGUUCUAAUGAUGCCACCCCAACGUCUUACUUGCCUCAGCAGGUUGCUCAUCCCUGCCCACUAAUCGAAUCGAAAAUAUAGAGAAUGUGUUAAAAACAAUAAUUCUAUUUUCCAUUAACUAUUGACCCAUUCCAACAAAUGCAUUUCCCAUGCCAUGGCUCCGUCUGCGCUACACCCAUUAACGCGAUGCAACGGAAUUAGCAUGCACAUUUUCCCUCGCCCUCCCCACCCCUCGCGCGGGUAGUGCAACAGGUUCUAUUGCCAUUAACGCCGGUCCCGAACUGGCUGUGUCUCGAUCCCUGUCCCUCGUGCGCUCUCGCGUUUGGCGCGCACGAACAUGUCGGUCGGUCGUCGGUUUGCGUGAGAAGAGCACGCGCGGCCAAAGCCAAAGUAACGCUCUCCGCGGCUCCGGUGGCUUCGGCGUAGAUCGGCUUGCAUUGCCGGUAGUGGGAGGGUGCUUUAAAAGCUCGUCACGGUCACUGUGCAGCUUCAUUCAUCAGCCACAUUCGGUCGACACGGUACGUGCGUGUAGUCGUCCACCACACGAUUCCUUUGACCACCGACCAGCAUUCAAGUGUGUGUGGUGCUCUGUGUGAUUGUGCCGCGCGGGUUCAAGUUGAAGUGUUUUCCCGCAUUUUCCGACGGUUGCUGACAAAGGCAUACUUAUCCGGUUCCG